AAAGUAAUAUGGCUUGUCUGACACGUUGUUUCCUUUUCCACGUAUAAAUACAUGAAAGUUCAUAUAGCAUAUGGUGUUCAAGUCAAAGAGCAGGAAAUAAUCUUUGGAAAAGAAAAAAUGUAUGUGACAAGGCCUCUUUCUAUGUUCCAAAAGAAUCCUUCGGCACUCUCAUGGCCACCCCCUGAAGGUCCAAAUUCUGGUAUUUUGGUCAUCGAAGAUGAAGAAGCCGAGCAGCAGUAUACUUGUUUUGGAUUGUGUAAGAGUAAUGAGCUCAAGGACUUGCCUCAGACCAAGAACCUAACGCUUCGCUAUUCAUCAGGCACUGGCCAGAACCGACGCGUUUCUUAUUUUUACGCAAGCUUAAUCCCAGUUCUUAAUCAGCCGUUGUCUUCCAAUCGGUACUAUGUCAUAAAGAGACGUGGAAGCCAUAAAGGGGAAGCAUAUCAAAAUUCUAAGGAGGAGGAUAUGGGAAGCUGCUUUUGCUUCAAGUAUGUUAGUGAUAAGAAAGGGUGGGAAGUGUAUACCUCAACACCUAGCGAUUUUCGAUUAGGUAAUGCACUAGGCCUAGAUAGUGCCCUUCGUGCUCGCCUUCCAGAAUUCAACUUCCCACUAUCAUGUACGAGUUCUCAAUCAGUGGUUGUGGGAAAGUGGUAUUCUCCUUUUAUGUUUAUUAAGGAAGGAACAUUGAAAGACCAAAUGAGUACAUCAAUUUAUUACGAGCUGACGCUUGAGCAAAAGUGGAAACAAAUAUUUGCAUGUGAAAAUAAUGGGGGCCAAGGCAAUGUUGUUGAUGUGGAUGUUGUUCUUCCAAGAGAAGUGGUUUCAGUUGCUAGGAUGGAAGUUGUGGAUGUAAAAGUGGUCAAUGGAAUUAUGUGGUUCAAGGGUUGUAGUAUAGAGGGACAAGAAAGAAGUGUGGGAUUGAGCUUGGAAGUUUUUGAGAGAAUGAAGUGGGAGCAGGAAAGGGUGGGAUGGGUUAGGGGGAGUGACAUACAAGUGAGCUUGAAAAGAGUAGAGGAAUUUGGAGGAACGGGUAGGUGGGGGAAAUUUGGUUGUUAUAUUUUGGUAGAGAGAUUUGUGCUAAAGCGAAUGGACGGAAGCCGGGUAUUAACUUAUGAAUUCAACCACAUUAACAAGAUUCAAAGCAAAUGGGAAUGAUUCUUCAUAUCUUAUUAAAUAUUGUAAAAUUCAUUUAAUUUUUGUGCGUGUGUGUGACACUGAAUUUUUUUUUUUUUUUUUUUGAGAGAGUUUCCACCUAUUACGUUAGUGUGUGAUACUGAAUUUUGUGUGUGUGUAUGAUACUGAAUUGUAUACCUAUUUUGCUUACUUCUC